CCAUACUUCCUACACAGUUCUGAAUAACCAGGGUUGCAGUUGGUGGGAGAGAAGCUCACCAGCACCAACUACCAUGACUGGAGUAAAGCAAUGUACAACGCACUAGGAGCUAAGAACAAGCUUGGUUUCAUUAAGGGAACCUUGCUUCAACCGGCAGCAGAUGAUGCCUUUUCAUGGCCCUAGAACAGAAACAAUAUCAUGGUCUUGGUCUGGAUCCAGCAAGCUGUUGAGCCAGGAAUCAGGAAAACCAUCAUGUCAAUCAAGACUGCCUAUGAAGCCUGGAAGAGUCUAAGAGACAAAUAUGGUCAAGAAGAUGGUGAGGAUUGCUGAGAUCAUUGAGACCUUAGCAUCUUUGAAACAAGGUAACCAAACUGUCACUGAAUACUAUGGCAACCUAAUAGCCUUAAGGGAUGAACUAGACAACUAUCACUGUCUAGACCUAUGUGAUUACACUCCAACUAGUCACCUGACUUGCAAGGCUAUGAAACAAGUAUUAUUGUACAGGGAUACUAAAUAUGUCAUACAGUUCUUGAGGGGACUGAAUGAGAACUACACUGAUGUGAGGUCUCAAGUUCUGUUUGGAGACAGUUUACCACCCAUUGAUAGGGUAUUUCAUAGAAUGUUGCAACAUGAAAGGCAACACUAUGGUACUCAGCAAGCCAAGGUUCUAGCUGCAUAUUCUAUGGCUCUAGCUAUCCAAGGCAACAACAAUCAACCAAGGAAAGGGAGGCCAUACUGUACUUAUUGAAAAUUUCAUGGCCUCACAGAGGAUACAUGUUAUCAUAAACAUGGAUGGCCACCUGGUAUGAACCCUAGACCUGGAACCUCAGGAGGUAAACCUAUUGAAUGCACCUACUAUAAAAAGAAAGGACACACAGAAGAGAAGUGCAUUUCCAAGCAUGGAUGUCCUCCCAACAUGCCACGCAGAAGCAAUCCUAGAAGCAUGCCUCAAGCCAAUGCAACUCCUAUUUCCACUGGUGAUGAUUCACAGCAAGAAAUCAGACUCACCAAGGAUAUUACAACACAAUCAUGAGUCUAGUGGCAGAGAAGACCACUCCCAAAUCCACAAUGUCCUAGGACCAUCCUUUUCUGCUGAAACCUUCACUAACAGAAGUGCAUAUCCCAACCCUCCAGGUAAACACUCACUCAAUGUGAAUGAUACUACACCUUAUCAUCAUGACUGGAUACUAGACACAGGAGCUUCAGACAAUAUUGUCUGCUCACUAGCCUACUUAGAAGGUUGUAGGAGGAUAAAAAACAUAUACAUAACACUUCCUACAGGUGACCAAGUAGAGGCAACACACACAAGAACAGUCACGUACACAUCAGCCUUGAUACUUAAGGAAGUUUUAUAUGUUCCCAAGUUCAGUUUCAAUAUGGUGUCAGAAAAUAAACUGACUAAAGACAA